AUGGAGUCGUCCAGCCACCGUGGGGAAUAUUCACUGAGCUUACUACCUGGCAGCCAUCAUGGGCCCUAUGACGACCAUCACCUCAUUGCCGACAGCUCGAGUUCGUUGUCGAUAGACAGCGAGGGGAAACGGGGCGAUGAAGGUGUCUACCAUGGCCGAGAGAAGGAUGGUGCCAUUGGACUCGAAGCCCUCAAUCGCCGACGUGAUGAUGAAAACGAUGACGACCAUGAUGAUGUUGGAAUUCACAAUGCCGCCAGCAGCCUCAGCUCCAAGGUAUUAUACACGGCCCGUGAGGAAAAGGCCAUUGUGCGCAAGUUCGACCGUCGCUUGGUCUUGUUUAUAGCCUUGAUGUACAUGCUGGCGUUUCUGGAUCGCUCGAAUAUCGGCAACGCGCGAAUCGCCGGCAUGGAUGUCGACCUGCAAACGUCCCCGCCGCGAGACGAUUGGUACACAUGGGCAAUACAGGCCUUUUACAUGACUUAUAUCGGCUUUGAGUGGAUGUCGCUCCUCUGGCAGGUCAUCCCGCCUCACAUUUACGCAUCUCUGCUCGUGCUCUCGUGGGGUGUCGUCGCCUCGCUGCAGGCAGUGGCCCCUUCAUAUCCUUUCUUGAUCUUGUUGAGAGCGUUUCUGGGUAUGGGCGAGGCUGGAUUCACUGGAAUACCGCUUUACCUUUGCAUGUUCUUCAAGAGAGAUGAACUUGCUUUCAGGACGGCCAUCUUUGUGUCGGCUGCUCCACUGGCUACCUCGUUUGCCUCGACUCUAGCCUGGCUUAUCCUUAAGCUCGGAGAGGCCGGUCCCAUCACCCCUUGGCGCCUCCUAUUUCUCGCUGAAGGCUUUCCAUCCGUCAUUGUUGCCAUCAUCGCCUGGCGCAUCGUUCCGGACUCGCCACACAUGGCGCCAUACCUCACGCCGCGCGAGAAGAAGAUCGCCAGGCUCCGUCUCGAGAACCACCAUCGAUCUCCUCCAAGCACCAAAGGGCACAGCCUAAACAUCAAAGAAGUCCUCGCCGUCUGCACCGACCCGAUCUCCCUCAUCCCGGCCCUGAUGCUCUUCUUCACCAAUAUGGCAUACUCGUCCCUCCCUGUGUUCCUGCCCACCAUACUCGAGGAGUCGAUGGGCCACGACAGACUGCGCGCCCAAGCCCUCUCGGCCCCUCCCUACCUCGUGUCCUUCUUCUUCGUCCUGGCCACGGCCAAGCUGUCCGACUCGAUGCGAACCCGCAGCGCCUUCCUCAUUCCGUUUGCUCUGACCUCGGCCCUCGGAUACGUGACCCUCGCCCUCUCGGAGCACGCCCUCGGCCUCGAGCCCGCCAGCACCGUGCGCUAUCUGGCCGUCUACCCGGCCGCCGUGGGCUUCUUCUGCGUCGUUGUGCUCACCGUCGUCUGGACCGUCAACAACCAGCCCAGCCGGGCGCGGCGCGGCGCCGGCUUCGCCCUGAUGCAGACCGUCGGCCAGUGCGGCCCUCUGCUAGGCGCGCGGCUCUACCCGAGGUCUCAGUCCCCCUUUUACACGCAGGGCAUGGCCGUCUGCGCCACGGCCAUGCUGGGCGUCGCCGGCCUCGCCCUCGUGUUGCGCUGGGUCCUCAUCCGGAGAAACCGCGCUUUAGAUGCCGGUCGCGUAUUGAUCCACGGCUACAGGAGCUAUGGCGAUCGUGGUCGUGGCGUUACCGGCGCAGCUGCAGGUUUCCGCUUCAUGGUCUAG